UCGAACGAGUUUCAUUCGGGAGUUUCUUGGGGAUCCAAGGAUUGAAUAAGUUCUGAUGAGUAGGCAUGAAACUAGCCUAACUUUGACAUAUGUCAGACUGUGAUCUCUAGUAUCUCGUGCUGAUUCUCCGGCAACAGUUUGACCAGAUGGGCAGCGGAUUAAACCAGUUGCUCUAUGGAACGGCACUUCUAACGACGAUCAUGGUGGCGCCCUUGGUCACUCUGCAGUUCCAGCUGGGCGGCGACCUGCACACCGCGAGAUUCCGCUUUUCGGGAGUUGUGUCCUCAGCCAUCGUAUCCCUGGUGCUGACGGCUGCGGCGAUGGCGCCCUACACGUUUCAGCUGAAAUAUCCAAAGAUUUCCUUCCUGGCGAUGCUGCCCUGGAUUUGUGUUUGCUUGGCCAAGUUCGCGAUGAACGUGAGUUUGCAGCUCAAUGCGAUUUCCCAUGUGGCCAAUGGAACCAAGCCAAACGGCUUGGUCUUUGCCCUGGUUGCCUACUGCGCCAUUUUCGGGCUUGCCCUAGAGCAGAUGCUGCACUGGAAGGUCAUCUACCACCUGAUGUCCGAUGGAAUAGGUGCGAUGUUCAUCGACAUCCCCCCGCCGAGGGCUUUGUAGGCUGACUUCAUACUGUUAUUCAGUUCGUUUUACUUUAAUUUCUUUCACUAAAGACCUGCCUUGGUCGAGUAUAGUUCUGUAGUUUCAAAAUAGUUGGCUUUGAGAUUUACAAAUGUAUUUCCGUUCUAGAUCUUGUCUAUCUACACUAAGGGAAUGAAACUGAAGUUCAAUUUAAUAAAGCCUGUCCCAGUUAACCUUUA